ACUCCGCCGGUUCUGUUCUGUAUGAGAGGGCUGGCAGGACCCGAGGGACGGGAACAGGAAGGUCCGAGAGGGGGUACUGUCGUUGCUGCAAAGGGACGGGUCUGAACCUCGGCGACACCGCCUGGGGUCCGCCGCUCCCGGGUCUCCCCGCCUCUCCUAGCCCCGCUACCCCCAGAGUCCGAUGGCGGCGGCGGCGGCGGCGCUGAGGGAGCAGCCUCAGGUCAGUGUUAACUUUGAAGAUGUAGCUGUGACCUUUUCUUGGGAGGAAUGGGAUCUCCUUGAUGAGCCUCAGAGAUGCCUGUACCGUGAUGUGAUGCUGGAGAACUUGGCACUUAUAACCUCCCUGGGUUGUUGCCAUGAAGUGGAGAACGAGAAGACUUCUUUUGAGCAAAAUGUUUAUUUUCAAAGAAUGUCACAGAUCAGGACUCCCAAGGCAGAUCUAUCCUCCAAAAAGGCCCACCCCUGUGAACUAUGUGUCCAAAUAUUGACAGACUUUCUAUACUUGGGUGAAUGUCAAGGAAUACAUUCAAAGCAGAAAUUACAUAGGUCUGGGAAACAGUUGUAUGUCAGCACAAACCUUCAUCAGCAUCAGAAGCUGUGCAUCGGGGAGAAACUCUUCAGAAGAGAUGUGGAUAGAACUUCAUUUGUGAUGAACUGCAAAUUCCAUGUGUCAGGAAAGUCAUUAGUUUUCAGGGUGGUUGAGAAGGACUUCUUGACUAGGUCUCAAUUUCUCCAGCAAUGGGCUACUAACACCUGGGAGAGGUCAAGCAGAACUGAGUGUGAGACAGCCUUUCAGAGGGGAAAAACUUAUCCUAACUGGGGAGAAGUUAGCAAGAAGUCACACCUCAUUGUAUACCAGAGAGUUCACACCGGGGAAAGGCCAUAUAAAUGCAGUGAAUAUGGGAAGUCAUUUAGCCGAAACUCUACGCUCCUUCAACAUCAGAGAAUCCACACUGGAGAAAGGCCUUAUGAGUGCAGUGAAUGCGUGAAAACUUUUAAUCAACGUUCUACUCUUCAUCAGCAUCAGAGACUUCACACUGGUUCAAGGCCUAUAAGUGCACUGAUUGUGGGAAAUCCUUUGCCGAUAAUUCCACCUUCAUUAAACACAGGAGAAUUCACACUGGAGAAAGGCCUUAUGAGUGCAGCAAAUGUGGGAAAGCAUUUUCCUAAAGUUCUUCACUCCUUCGACAUUGGAGAGUUCAUGCUGGAGAAAGGCCUUAUGAAUGUGGAGAGUGUGGAAAAUCCUUUAGGCAAAAGCCCAACCUUAUUCAACAUUGGAGAAUUCACACUAGAGAAAGACCUUUUAAAUGUGAGAAAUUAUUUAGCAACAAGUCCCAUCUCACUGAACACCAAAGAGUUCACACUAGAGAAAGGCCAUAUGAGUGUGGGGAAUGUAAGAAAUUCUUUAGCAAGAAGUCCCACCUCAUUAUACACCAGAGAGUUCUCACUGGGGAAAGGCCAUAUAAAUGCAGUGAAUGUAGGAAAUCAUUUAGCCAAAACUCUACGCUCCUUCAACAUCAGAGAAUCCACACUGGAGAAAGGCCUUAUGAGUGCAGUGAAUGCGGGAAAACUUUUAAUCAGUGUUCUGUUCUUCAUCAGCAUCAGCGACUUCACACUGGUUCAAGGCCUUACAAGUGCACUGUUGUGGGAAAUCCUUUGCCGAUAAUUCCACCUUCACUAAACACAGGAGAAUUCACACUGGAGAAAGGCCUUAUGAGUGCAGCAAAUGUGGGAAAGCAUUUUCCCAAAGUUCUUCACUCCUUCGACAUCACAGAGUUCAUUGGAGAAAAAUCUUACAAGUAAAGAAAAUUUAAGAAGCUGGUUAGCCGAAACUGUUUUUCAACAUCAGAGAACUCACACUGGAUCAAAGCCAUGUGUGAGUGCCAUGAAUGUUGGAAGUACUUUGCAAAAAGCUUCAGAUUCGUUAAACACUUGAGUGUUCAUACUGCAGAAAGGCAUUAUAUUGUAGGAAAUGUUUGAAUUCCUUUACCUACAACUCUAGUCUCAUAGAACACCAUAAUGUUCACACUGGAUAAUAGCCUUGUGGAUGUGACUAAUGUGGGAAUUUUUUUUUUUUUAUCUGAAACUCUAGCCUCAUUACAUACUGGAGAGUUCACAAACUUCACUCUUAUUUCAUUGAAUACCACAAAGUUCAGAAACGAGUUGUACAGGGAUGAAUUAUUGGUCAGUAUAACACUGGGGAGAUCCCUUAUGAGGGUGUUGACCUCACACAUGCACUUAUAUUCCAGGUUUAUGGGAGCUUCUGUUGUAUGGAAGGUGUUCAUGAUGUACAUUUUUGAACCACCCUGAGUCCAGGGAAGAACACUUUGAUGUUGUCCCAUUUAUGGGAGCCUUUGUAAUAAGUCUGAGCACUCUUUCCUUUCUAAUUCUUUUGAUGGGUUACAUAUCUGAGUUGACCUAUUUUUGUCCUAGGCUACUCUGCUGGUGACUUGCCAACGGAGCCUACUUUUCUCAGUGUCUAUUGUGACUCCUGUGAUGAGAUUUUCCUCCCCUUCAUGCCUCAAGCCCAGGAAUAGUCUGCAUCCCAUUGUACUGGUUUGUGUGAAAAAUGAAGACCUUACUCUUUUUUUUUAACAGCUCAGCUUUUUAUUGAAUAUGUCACUAAAGAGGUUUAGUAAAAAAAAGGCCAAA